CAAGAUGGCAGCCAACGUGUUCCCCUUUCGCGACGCGCGUGCCGCGCCAGAUCCGGUGCUGGAGGCCGGUCCGGUGGCCCAUGGGCCACUGCCCGUGCCGCUGGUGCUGGACAACGGGUCGUUCCAGGCCCGCGCCGGCUGGGCGUGUCCAGGGCCGGACCCAGGCCCCGAGCCGCGUCUGCAGUUCCGCGCGGUGUGCGCCCGCGGGCGUGGAGGGGCGCGGGGCGGGGCGGGCCCGCAGGUAGGCAACGCGCUGGGCAGCCUGGAGCCGCUGCGCUGGAUGCUGCGCUCGCCCUUCGACCGCAACGUGCCGGUCAACCUGGAGCUGCAGGAGCUGCUGUUUGACUACAGCUUCCAGCACCUGGGCGUCUCCUCACAGGGCUGUGUUGAUCAUCCCAUAGUUUUGACAGAAGCUGUGUGUAACCCAUUGUAUUCACGACAAAUGAUGUCUGAGCUUCUUUUUGAGUGCUACGGGAUUCCAAAGGUUGCCUAUGGAAUAGACAGCCUCUUCAGCUUCUACCACAGUAAGCCAAAGAACUCGACUUCCAGUGGGCUCAUCAUUUCAUCUGGAUACCAGUGUACACAUAUUUUACCCAUCUUAGAAGGGAGGUUAGAUGCUAAAAACUGCAAGCGUAUCAAUCUUGGAGGAAGCCAAGCAGCUGGCUACCUCCAGCGUCUCCUCCAGCUGAAGUAUCCUGGACACCUGGCAGCCAUCACCCUCAGCCGCAUGGAGGAGAUCCUGCAUGAGCACAGCUACAUCGCUGAGGAUUACGUGGAAGAAUUGCAGAAGUGGCAGUGCCCUGAUUAUUAUGAGAACAACGUCCACAAGAUGCAGCUUCCGUUUUCCAGCAAGCUCCUUGGCAGCACUCUGACCUCUGAGGAGAAACAGGAAAGGCGGCAGCAGCAAUUGCGGCGGCUGCAGGAGCUCAACGCCCGGCGGCGGGAGGAGAAGCUGCAGCUGGAUCAGGAGCGGCUGGACAGAUUGCUCUAUGUGCAGGAACUUCUAGAGGAUGGCCAGAUGGAUCAGUUUCACAAAGCUCUGAUAGAGCUGAACAUGGACUCCCCAGAAGAGCUGCAGUCCUACAUACAAAAGCUCAGUUUGGCGGUGGAGCAAGCUAAGCAGAAGAUCCUUCAAGCAGAAGUCAACCUCGAAGUGGAUGUGGUAGACAGCAAGCCGGAGACCCCUGACCUGGAGCAGCUAGAACCAUCAUUGGAAGAAGUGGAAACCAUGAAUGAUUUUGAACCCUUGUUUUCAGAGGAGACACCUGAGGUGGAGAAGCCUGUCACCACUGUCCAGCCCGUGUUUAACUUGGCAGCAUAUCAUCAGCUGUUUGUUGGAACAGAGAGAAUUCGAGCUCCAGAAAUCAUUUUCCAGCCGUCUCUCAUAGGAGAAGAGCAGGCUGGGGUAGCGGAGACUCUUCAGUACAUUCUGGACAGGUACCCAAAAGACAUUCAGGAGCUGCUAGUUCAGAACGUUUUCCUCACUGGGGGAAACAUGAUGUAUCCUGGGAUGAAAGCCAGAAUUGAGAAGGAACUGUUGGAGAUGAGACCCUUUCAGUCUUCUUUUCAGGUCCAACUUGCCUCAAACCCUGUGCUGGAUGCCUGGUACGGUGCUCGUGACUGGGCCUUGGACCACCUAGAUGACAACAAAGCCUGGAUCACUAGGAAGGAAUAUGAAGAAAAGGGAGGAGAGUACCUCAAGGAGCACUGUGCUUCCAACAUCUACGUUCCCAUCCGCCUGCCAAAGCAGGCCUCACGUGCCUCAGAAGCCCAGGUUUCUGGCAAAGGCUCAGGGGCCAGUGGAAGCAGUGCCGGUGAGCAGGCCUAGCAGAGGGGCAUGCCCGAGAGACUCCCCUGCAGUGUCCGAGGGCCACAUCAGCAGUGUGACAGGACAGCGAUGUGCUAGGUGUAUCCAGCCUGAGUCCACUGGUCACAUUUGGCUACAAAAUGGAUUUCUCCUGGGGGGAACAGAGUUAUUAAACAACACUGGGAGUUAGCCUUCAGUGUUAUGUCUAUACGGGGGCUUCUGCAGUGAAGGAACAUAGUGUGGCUCCUGGCGUCUUUGUUGAUGAACUGUGGCAUCAGCUUCCUACAGCAGCCCGCAGAGACAGGGUGGCAGACGUGUACAAGAUAUGUAAGACAUAUUUCUUUUUUUUUUUUUUUUUAAACCUAUAUAGGGAUCCGAACCUGUGGCCUUGUUAUCAGCACCACACUCUCCCAAGUGAGCCAUGGGCUGGCCCUGUAAGACGUAUUUCUUACUGCAGUUUAAAGUCUUUUUUGUUUAAAAAAAUCCUUUAAAAUUUAUCUUGUCAAUGUCAACAUUUUAUUCUUCUAAAUUUAUUCAGAAAUUGUGUGAAUGCCCAGCAGAGGGAGGUCUUUCAUGUGUAUAAAAAAGUAACUUUUAUGUUAUAAAAGCAGUCAUCCACGAAA